AUGAGCUGCCCAUUAUGUUCGAAUUUCCGUCCAGAAGAAGUCAAGGACAUGGCCCCGGGAACCAAAGCACGAGUGGUGCGACUGAUUCCCGUCAAGGACAUGCGAUCAUCUGACUGUGACGAGUGUCGGUUGAUGUGGGAAGCCCUCCGCCGUUUUCAGUCAACAUUCGACGACCAGAGCCUCGUCCACGUUGAGAUGGCUCUAAAUGGACCAAUACUGGUCAGGUAUCAGGGUCUGGACAGGUUGACAGUCGAGCUUUUCGUUCGUCACUCAGACGGAAGCAACGACUCUAGUGACCAACUUAUCGGCUCUGUGACAGAGGUUUCGCCCUUCUCCGGUUCCGAAGCAUGCCACUCCCUGGCUGCCUCUUGGCUCAAAGACUGCAUCGAGAACCAUCCGACCUGUGGGCCUUCUGGUCUAGUACCGCUGCCUACUAGGGUUAUCGAUGUCGGUUAUACGGAUGCCAGCGAGCCACGUCUUGUCGAGUCCAAGGGUCUGCACGACAAGUACGUGGCUCUCAGUUACUGCUGGGGAAACCCCAAGGUGCACCCGCCGAUGAAAACGCUAAAGACAAACUACGAUGACCACAAACGAUGCAUCAAGUACUCUUCAAUGCCGAGGACCAUACAAGACGCAGUCACAAUCUGUCGAAAGUUGGGAGUCCAGUAUCUCUGGGUGGACGCGCUUUGUAUAAUCCAGGAGGACGAGCAGGAUUGGAUCCAAGAGUCCGUCAAAAUGUGCUCGGUUUACUCCAACUCAAUCUGCACAAUUUCUGCUGCUCAUGCAGAGGGCGUGAGUGGCGGCAUGUUCUCGGAGCAACUCUUUGCGUCCCACACGCACGAACUGAAUCUCCGAGGGCGCCCGGUCUACACGAGAAGGUUCCUCGCAACGUACCACGAACACUCUGACUUUGGCAACAUCUUCCACUGCCCAUCGACAACAAGCAUGUUCGAACCUUCGGCUCGGAUGACGGAGCCCAUCGCCGACCGUGGCUGGACGCUGCAGGAAUCCAUCCUGUCGAACCGUCUCCUCCAUUAUACGACCGACGAGUUGAUGUGGGAUUGUAACGAGACCCGACGGUGCGAGUGUGGUAGUUCUAUUGGGCCUACCGAUAUCUCUGAAAAUUACAAUGCAUUGUUGCGCCGCCCGGACAUCCCUGUAAGCGACGUUGAAGAAUGGCGCAUCUGGAUGUUGUGGCAAGGGUUCGUGGAAACAUUCUCACUGCGCAGACUCUCUUGUGAGCGCGACAAGCUUCCCGCCUUGGCCGGCCUUGCAGAACAGUACGUCACGCAUCUUCAGCAGCGCUUUGGUAGAAAGCCCGUCUACCUUGCAGGACUCUGGGAUGUCUUUUUGUUGAGGCAGCUUUGUUGGAGCGUUCAAUACUCCAGGAUGAGCUGGCGCCCAGAUGGCCAUUAUAGGCCCAGGCGUCCGGAGGUCUGGAGGGCACCCACCUGGUCUUGGUGCUCGGUUGAGGCGCCUAUCAAGAUAAUCGAGGCCCGAGUGUUUGAGACCUCGGCUGAGGUCGUCGAAGCAGUGACCGAGCCCACAUACCCAGACCUGUACCCCUUCGGCCCAGUGAAGUCAGGAAGACUGGUUUUACGGGGAAAGGUCAUCAAGGAUCUCCAGGUUGAGCACGCGGGAACUGAUCUCGUAUUGGAGGGGCCUACGACGAACAACAACAACAACCUUCUCACCUUCAGAUUAUUAGAUGAACAGGGGAACUCAUUGCAUUUUCUGUGUGAUGACCCAUCAUCAAUUCCUUAUGGCUGCAGUCCAGGCUAUUUAUGUAUCCUUAUUGGGCACAGGAUCUAUGGGCGUUUCUCGAGGGAACCUUGCUUUCUGGUACUGAAGUCAUCGACCAAGGACACAGACUGCUAUGAAAGGAUUGGGUUGGCAGAUUCUAGGGCGCUUCCGGUUGAUCUCAUGGAGACUUGGGACGCCAGCUGGGCAGAAAACUCCUGCGAGGCACAGGAGAUGGUCCUCACUAUUCUCUAA